AUGAGUAUCUUUGACAACGAUUCUCUCCUCAAAAAAUUUUACGAUAAUGCUGCUCAUCAGGAUGAAUUCGCAAGCAACGCGUUCUGGACAAAAUUCCUUACCCACUAUGUCUUCAACGAAAUAGAGUGGCAUGUCUUUCAAGAGAUGCCUCCUAAAGACCAUCAUGACCAGACGCGAUUCGACAUCGGCGUUGUGUACUUGGAGCUGACAUGCAAUGUACUUGCAUUUCGCCUGACUGCAGAGGGUAAAAAAAAUAAGUCCGGGAAGGAAGAUAUUAUAACGGCAGAACGCCACGCUUAUAGAAAGUCUCUGACCUACUUGCGUGAGAAUCAAAUCCCAUCCCUCUGGGUGAUGACCUACUUCGGCACUCAUGCUCGGUUGUGGUUCUGCAGUCUUGACGGUCCCGGUGCGCUGGAACUUUUCUAUCCGCUGGCGGGGGAAAUGGGGCAGAAAAGUGCCUACCCUGAAUUUCGUGCGAACGAACAAGGCUUCAGAUGGGCUUUCAAUUGCGUCAAGUCUAUCCAAUAUCCAGAUUCUGGUAAAAUCGCCGAGUUGUACACUCAAUCGGAGAGUCUCAUGGGCCUAUCUUCGGUGGGCAUGUCUCAAACAACACCAAGCACAACGUACCAAACAUACGACUAUCCAGGCGGCGAUCCUACCAGCCAAUCGAAGCAAGCGUCCUCAAGUACCGCUUCAGCGCAGGUGCCAACUACGAGCUUUUCUAUAACUAGCUUUGAUCAGCCAGUUAUCUCACAACAUUAUGGGACAACCCCGAUGGAGACAGAUGUCGAUGAACCUCAGGACCAGUCAGCCAGCAACAAUACGGCAGCCCCAUCCCAAAUGCAGGGUCAAUGGUUUAGCAGUGACAGACCUCCUUGUGAAAUCGAAGUGUUGAGGAGACGGGGCCAUCCGAUACAUAACUUAGUGUUCAAGGAUAGGAAGAAGAAUCCCGUAACUGCAAGACGUGAGGAUUUUGUGAGGGCUACACAUCCCGAUGGGCGUCGGGUACCCCAAACAUUGAACUUGCCGUGGGAAUGUCAGGCCCGCUAG